CCAAAGCUGCCAGCUAGACUUUCUGUGAUUAGCCCCAAAUGACAACUAAAUUGACAUCAAUUCUUUCUGCUUCUCCCCGCGAUUGGUUCGCAUCUCGCCUUGUGAGCUUGACCUCGGGGUUUAGUAACGUCACGUGGGCGGGCGGCAAACACAGCAAACACGGUGCUUUGGAGCUCGGGCCUCAGGCCGGCUUGGCAUAUCGAAGGCAGCUCUGGCGUCGCGUUCACACUCCGCAUCGAACAAGCCUGUUAUCGAACGUCUUCUCUCCGCUUGCCUCGUGAGAGUCUCUAAAUCCCCAAAACUCUCCUCUGCCCACUCAUAAUCUUUUCAAGCCAACCCCGGUUACUCCCAGACUCCCCACCUUACGCCGCCGAAGCUUCAUCAUGGAGGUUCUACUCGGAAUAACAGGCAAGGACUUCACCAUCGUCGCCGCCUCGAAAGCAGCCAUGCGUGGCGCUACCAUCCUCAAAGCUUCCGAUGACAAGACCCGGGAGCUCAAUCCGCACACGCUGAUGGCAUAUUCCGGUGAAGCUGGCGAUACGGUGCAAUUCGCCGAAUACAUCCAAGCCAACGUUCAGCUGUACUCAAUGCGCAACAGCAUGGAGCUGUCACCCUCCGCAACAGCAAGCUUUGUCCGAGGAGAACUUGCACGAGCGCUGCGAUCGAGGAGGCCGUAUACGGUAAACUUGCUGCUGGGAGGCUACGACAAGAUCGCCGACAAGCCUACGUUAUACUGGAUCGACUACCUCGCCAGCCAAGCUCCAGUCCCAUAUGCCGCCCACGGCUACGCACAGUACUACUGCCUCUCUCUCCUAGACAAGCAUCACCAUCCCGACAUCGACUUCGAGAAGGGCAUGAAGAUCCUGCGCAUGUGCAGCGAAGAGCUCAAACGACGACUUCCAAUCGACUUCAAGGGCCUCGCGGUGAAGGUGAUAACGAAGGACGGUGUGAGGGAAGUGGAAUUCGCGGAUGAUGAAAAGGUAGUUGUGCCAUGAUCAACUACACAUUAGGCUGCAUGAAGGGCACAUCGGAGUCCUGGUAACCCGGCGACAAGUGUAAAAUAUCUUCUAUGGUAGACGUGUCCGG